AUGCUAUCUCGUGUUAGAGCUGUGUCAGGGGCGACACCAAGGUUACCGAGGCUUACUGGCAGCCGGAGCGCCUUCAGCAGCACGCGAGCAGCCCGCAGCUACGACGCGACGCUGAGGAACCUCAAGAUAGGAAAACACACCCGCGUGAUUUUCCAAGGCUUCACAGGGAGACAAGCAACGGCCAAUGCCAAGGAGUCCAUCGAAUGGGGCACCAACAUAGUGGGCGGCGUCACGCCUGGACGUGAAGAUGAGCACCUUGGCCGUCCUGUCCUGCCCUCCGCUAUGGAGGUCCUGAAACCAGACGCCACGGGAAUCUACGUCGCCGCGCACCAAGCCACCGCUGCCAUUGAGGAAGCUAUUGAGGCCGAGGUCCCUUUAAUCGUGGCUGUGGCGGAGCAUAUCCCUGUGCAUGACUUCUUGAGGAUUCACUCGAUGCUGAGAACUCAGUCCAAGUCCAGGGUAGUUGGUGCCAAUUCCCCCGGGAUAAUUUCUUCCGUGGGAAAGUGUAGGAUAGGCUUCCAACCGCUACCAUGUUUCGCACCGGGCAAGAUCGGUAUCGUUGCAAGGUCCGGGACACUGAGCUACGAGACUGCCGCCUCAACUCUGCGUUCUGGUUUAGGUCAGAGUAUGUGCAUAGGUGUAGGUGGAGAUAUCCUACCCGGCACGACUUUGGUGGAUGGGCUGAAAAUCCUGGCCGAGGACGAUGAUACAGAAGGCAUUGCCCUCGUUGGUGAGAUUGGAGGAAAUACUGAGCUCGAAGCCGCUGACUGGAUCCGACAAUAUAGAGCUUCAACGAAGAAUCCAAAACCUAUCGUAGCUAUCGUUGGGGGAAUUAAUGCGGUACCUGGCCGCAUCAUGGGACACGCAGGUGCUUUUGCCCUCCCCGGAGAACCAACCGCAGCAGAGAAGGUAGACGCCUUGAAGGCAGCAGGCGCUACGAUCAUAAACCACCCCUCAAGGUUUGGCUCUGCGUUGAAGACAUUACUGGACGGUACAAAACCUAGUGGCCAUGGCGUUGCAUCCAACGGCAACCCUCCUUUGAGCAGAGGCAUGCACACGUAUGCUCGCCGGCCCCAGCCACCUCACAGCACAGAGUCUGCCCAAAGAGGUAUGUGUCAGAGGAGAACGUUGUACCUGACACAGCAAACGGCACUCGAUCUGCUCCAAGUCCGGGGCAUCAGCGUGCGUGAAGGCUUCACUGGCGCAACCGAGCGGCUCCUCGCGGUAACUAUUAAUCGAACCUCAAGGAACCCGUGCAUUAUUGCUUCCCCGACAGGCGACGCAAGGGACGGGAAAACGUUCGACUUUGACUAUAACAAAGGCGCCGCGGACCUCCCGACCGGCGACAUCGCCCGAGCCCUCGGCCUGAACAUGACCGGCACAGUUUCACUCGACAGCUUCCGGAAGCUGGUGAUGGAGCUGACGACGCUAUUCGCGGAAAAGGAGGCGUUCCUGCUCGAGACGUGGGUAAUGGAGACAUCGGACGCCUCGGGCGGGCUCGCGGCCUCGCGGGCGCGCUUCGGCUUCGACGACGCCGCCUACCGCAGCUGCCAGCGCCAGGGCGACAUCCACGCGCUGCGCGACGUGGCCUCGGAGGACCGCCACGAGGUCGCCGUCGAGCGCGACGGCAUCGUCUACGUCAAGCUGCCCGACCCCGGCGGCAACAUCGGCACCCUGGUCAACGGCGCCGGCCUGGCCAUGAACACGGUCGACGCCCUCGCGGACGCCGGCGGCCGCGCCGCCAACUUCUUGGAUACCGGCGGCAAGGCGACCAGCGAGACGGUCAAGAAGAGCUUCGAGGUCAUCCUGACGGAUCCCAGGGUUAAGUGCAUUUUUGUAAAUAUCUUCGGCGGUCUGACGCUUGGUGAUAUGAUUGCGCGCGGCGUAGUGCUCGCUUUCAAGGACCUCCACAUGACGGUGCCGGUCGUCGUGCGGAUACGCGGGACCAACGAGGAGGAGGGCCAGCGCAUCAUCGCCGAGAGCGGGCUGCCGCUCUAUGCGUUCGAUGACUUUGACGAGGCGGCCGAAAAGGCCAUUGAGCUGGCGAAUCAAGCAUAG